AUGUUAUUCCCUUUAAUUAUUAGUGCAUUAAUAAAAACAACUAUAAUAGAAGGAAUAUUUUCAACUUGCAUAGCUUGUAUUUUCAGGUAAUGAUUUUUUAAUAUAUAUUUAGCAUGAAGAUGUAUUCAUAUAUAAUAAGCAAUGAAAAACUAGACUUAAUUCAUUAUAAUGAAUAUCUAUGGAUACCAUGUCUUAUUUGUGAACCUAAUAAAAUAGUAUUCAAAAAACAUAGAAACUUUAUUUAAAUAUUCAAAUACAUCAUAAAUUCCACAUUAAUAAUAUUAUGGGACUUAUAUUAUAUUAAGUAUGAAAUAAGUCCUAACUAUAUACAUGAUGACUUAAUUAAAUUUAUCACAAAUUAUUCAUUUAGAUUAGGUAUUUUGAUUGUUGUUAAUCAUUAUUUAAUUUUUGAUUAUCUUUUGGGUUUAUUCAAAGAAAUCACAAAAGUUGAAAAUAUUAUUUUUUAUGAAGAUUGGUGGAAUGCUGAUGGUUUUGGAUAAUUAAAUAGAAGAUGGAAUAAAUAAGUUCAUGAAUUCCUUAAAAUAAAUAUCUAUUAAAGUUUGAGCAAAAAUGGAAACAAUAAAAAGGCUCUCAUUUUAACAUAUUUGGUUACAGCUUUACUUCAUGAAUAUUGCAUAAACGUUUCUCUUAAAACAUUAAGAUUUUACUUUUUAUUCUUUAGUUGCUUUUAAUUUAUUUUUAUUCCUUAUUAAAAAUACAUUCCAUUUCCUAGAUAUGUACUUUUUAUUUAAAUCUUAUUUGGAAAUAGCUUAAUGAUAUAUUUAUAUACAUAUUAUUGA